GAAAAGCUGAAACAUAGGAGCUAUAACGAACUCAUGCUGUUAAUUCAUCGCACAAUCUGCAAGGCUGUAACAAAGUGCUGUUCGUUGAAUCGGAGCUAUGGCGGAGAAGUCGUUCAAGUAUAUGAUUCUCGGCGGCGGCGUUUCUGCCGGUUAUGCUGCUAGGGAAUUUGCCAACCAGGGAGUUAAGCCUGGUGAACUAGCAAUUAUUUCCAGAGAGACAGUGGCUCCAUAUGAACGAGCUGCUCUUAGCAAAGGAUAUCUCUUUCCUGAAGGAGCUUCAAGACAAAGACUCCCAAGUUUUCAUAUAUGUGCUGGAGCUGGAUGGGAGAUAUUACUCCCUGAGUGGUAUGAGGAGAAAGGGAUUUCGUUGAUCAUGGAUACAGAAAUUGUGGAAGCAGAUCUUGAUUCAAAGACACUUAUUAGUGCUGCUGGAGAAGCAUUCAAAUAUCAAGUGCUGAUUAUUGCAACUGGUUCCACAGUUCUGAGGUUGUCGGAUUGUGGUUUACAAGGUGCAAAUUCCAAAAACAUCUUCUACUUGAGAGAUAUUGAUGAAGCAGAACAGAUUUCGCAAGCACUAGAUGCAAAGAAAACUGCAAAAGCUGUUGUUGUUGGUGGAGGGUACAUUGCACUUGAGAUCAGUGCUUCGCUCAGAAUGAACAACAUAGAUGUUACUAUGAUAUUCCCAGAACCAUGGUGCAUGCCUAGGCUUUUCACUCCUGGCAUAGCAGCCUUCUAUGAAGGAUACUAUGCGAACAAGGGAAUCAAAAUCAUCAAAGGUACUGUAGCAAUUGGGUUUGACGCCCAUCCUAAUGGUGAGGUAAAGAAUGUUUUACUAGCUGAUGGUAGGGCACUGCCAGCUGAUAUUGUAGCUGUAGGUGUUGGUGCAAUGCCUGCUACAACAUUAUUUUAUUGGCAGCUUAAUGAGGAGGUGGGGGGAAUUAAGAUUGAUGGUCUCAUGAGGACCAAUGUUCCUGAUGUAUAUGCUAUUGGUGAUGUAGCCUCUUUCUAUUCUAAGAUAUACAAUGACGUUAGACGAGUUGAACAUGUUGAUCAUGCUCGUAGAUCUGCUGAACAGGCUGUAAAGGCAAUUUAUGCAAGUGAACAGGGAAUGACCAUCGAAGAGUAUGACUACCUUCCAUUCUUCUACUCCAAGACCUUUGAUUUGUCAUGGCAAUUCUAUGGCGACAACGUGGGUGACACGGUGUUAUUUGGAGAUACUGACCCGAAAUCUGAAAGUCACAAGUUUGGACAGUACUGGAUCGACAAUGGUAAAGUUGUGGGUGUGUUCUUGGAGAGCGGGACUGCGGAAGAGUGUGAUGCUAUUGGAUUAGUCGCUAGAGUUCAGCCUGAUGCUCUUAGCAUGGACGAAAUGGCAAAGCAGGGUAUCUACUUUGCCCUUUGUGUACAAGGACACAGUGACAUUUCAUUGAAAGGACUCAAAAAAAGGCACUCCGACUUACCUUAUUCACCUUAAUUACUUUAGCUCUCAGCUUAGCUAGUCAAUCUUUGUUGAGUUGUUUUUUUUGUUUUCUUCCUUUCCUUGAGUUGUAUCUUUUCAGUCAGUUGGACUAUUUGAUAAUGAAUUCUCUUCUUCCUUCUCUCA